AAACUAUCAUUAAUGUAAUAUGUCAUUUAAUCAAGAUUAAUCUCCCCUAACCAUACUAAAAAAAAAAAUAUAUGCCCGCGGCAACGUGCGGGUACCCUGCUACGCUUUUCUUCAAUUCUACCCUAACUUAUUCUUCUUCCUCUUUUUCAUUCCUCUCAUCUUCUUCGUGCUGCUUCAACCGAGCUUCCCCAUGGCGCCAAGUCGGUCAGGGUCUAUUACAAGCUCACGGACACAACCGGAUCUAGCCAUGAGAGACUGGGCUGAACUCCCUCUGGAUGCCCUACAGCUAAUCCUGCAAAAACUAAUUAUUGGUAAAGAUUAUUAUCGAUUUGCUUGUGUAUGCAGAUCGUGGUCCAGUGUGGCAGUAACAUACCUUAGCCGCUAUGCCCCUAUGGAUUCUCCUUGUCUAAUUGUCUCUGGUACUACUUCCCAAUCAAGACACCUUGCCUUCGUAGUUGGCAAGGACAUUGCUAAAGAACAAGAUUUCUUACCCCAAAUCAGUGUUCCACUCAGAGAAAUUUGUAUUGGAUCCUAUCAAGGGUGGGUUGUCAUGAUUGACGAUGACAUUGACAUAUACCUAUUGAAUCCUUUCUCCGACACUUGCAUCGACCUUCCUCAGAUUGAUAUGUUGGAGCUAAAUAAUCUUGGGUCUUUUAUUAUAAAUGGCUUUAACUUUAAUAUGGAUGGCAAGUUGGCGAGGUUUAACUUUUGCAUUGGCAAAGUAAUCUUAUCAACAAUUCCUACAGCCUCGGAUUGCUUUGUUCUAUUUAUUUAUGGACACAAGAAGCUGGCUUUUUGCAAGGUGGGCGAUGAAGCUUGGAGCUACAUUGAUGAUGGAGCUUUGAGGUAUGAUAUAGACCGAAAUCCUAAAUUUUAUAUGGAUGCAAUUUAUUUCAAGGGACAGUUCUACGUUGUAUCAGCAAGAGGAGAGAUUUUUGCUUGUGACCUCACUGUUUCUGAACCUACACUGACUGAGAUUUAUGGCAAUGGGUCUCUCACCAGUCAUGCCCUCAUCAACAGUCUCCCCCUUAUACACAACUGCUUUGGUAUCUAGUGGAGUGCAGGGGGAAUUAUUUAGAAUCUUGCAGGCAGCAAAACCUCAGGGUAAGGAGGAAGAUCAUGUCAAACUAGCAGAACCCAUUGUUAUUGAGGGAGAAGAUGGAUAUAAGACUCUUGAUAACCUUUAUCAGGGUGUUUCGUAUGGCUCCUUUUACUUUGAAAUACAUAAGCUGGAUACGAGGAGUGGAUCAAAGCCAUGUUGGAUACAAGUAGACACUUUUGAAGGGGAUGCAGAGUUUUUGGGUAGGAAUCAAUCAUUUUCUCUCUCAAAUCCGCUUGACUUUGGCUACAAAGGAAAUCGUAUAUAUUAUACAGAUCAUAGAUCUGUAAAUAUUGAACCGGGCGUGUUCAAAUUGGAGGAUGGAAUUGUGGAGCCACUUUACAAGUCAAAUUCUUCUGGGCUUAUAGUGCCACCCGCUAUUUGGGUGAUUCCCCGGUCAUGGUAAUUUGUUUAAGGCAUUGUCUUUUUUUGAUUCUGUCCUUUCUUUUUUAUUUGCUAGCUUAGUAAACCUGUAGAACUUUCAGUAUUUAUGAAUCAAGGUGCUUAGAUUUUGGUUUCAUUUUGACAAACAGUACUUCUGUUUCUUGGCGAGUGUUCGGUUAUUGUAAUUGAUUAAGCACUCUGUAUUUUA